AUGCAUCGUCUCCUAAAGAAAACUGAAUUGAGAAAACAGUCAGAAGACGAGAAUUCCUUUUCAAAACAGUCCACUAAUGAUACAGUUCCCUCACUUCCAACCUUUACCCGGUCUUCCCUCAUCAUGCCAACACUAACUAAACGAUUUAGUGUAUUACGCAGAGGUGAUGCCCCCCCUGACACUGCCGAGAAGGAAAAUGACUCAACUGAUACACAAGUCUCUGAUAAUUCAAAAAGUUAUAACAUACAUAGUUCUCGACUACAGACAAAAUCAGCGCGUUCACCGUUGAAUAAUCUCGCAGAGUUACGUGAAGAUGAAUCAAUUCACGACUUUUCAAUCUCUUCUCCAAAUUCUGUACAAACACCAUUACCAACUUCCCCUAUAAUUACAAAUGACGCGAAUCAAGAAAUAUCUAAUGCUAGAAAAUUUUAUGGUAAAAAUGUCACUGGUGGAUACCCUAUUCAACAAGGAUCUAUUCAUAAUCCUUCUAAUAUUAAAGAUACUACCGAUAAUUUAUCUUAUUCAAAUGUAAAUAAUAAUAGCCAUAUUGACGAUUCUCAAAACAUAAUGGUUGAGCCAUUAAAUACUGUUUCCACAUCGAAUGAUCAAAAUAAUAUGAAAGAUUCUAAUGAACAAAAUGUAAACAAUGUUAAAGAUAUAAAGAGACAGUCUAGUGUUUUAGAGAAUCCGACAAAAGAUCGUCCCCGUCCCCCAAGAACACGUCCACCCUCGUUAUCUCCAAUAAAAUUAUCUAAUAAAAAUCUUACCGAUACUCAUCCCACAAACUCUUCCGACAACACCCAAUCUGAUUUGAUUUCUAGAGAUUCCUUUCAAAGUCUUGCUCCCAUUAUAUCUUCUCUUUCUCCAAAACAACGUUCUCCUACUUUUAACACUUUUAAUUUAACUGAUGAUGAUAAUGAUAUUCAUUCUCUUUCUCGAUCUCCAUUAGAUAGAUUAUCUGAUGGUCUUUUACGUCUUUCUCAAUCUUCAGCCGGAAAAUCUUUAGCUACUCCUUUCAGCAGUCCUGAAAAUGAAAUUUUUCCACUUCAAGGUUCAUUAUUAUUAUCAAGAGAAUCUUCAACGACUGAAGGUUCGAAUAAUUAUCAAUAUUCCGAUUCAAACACUACACACGUUCCUUCCACCAUUUCAAUUUAUCAUGCUGAUUAUAACGAUUAUGACAAUUAUGAAGAAUUACAAGGCGAAUCUUUAAAUAAUAAUCUCACUCAUAUGACUUCUAAGCAGUUAAAUCAUCCUAAUUCUUUAUCAUCGAACAAUUCUUCUUUUGAUCGUGAUUCAAAUACAAUAGUCCAAUCACCACAAAAUACGAAUAGUGUUAUUAGUGUCUAUUCAAAUGAAAAAAUUAGUCAUCAUAUUACUUCUGAUCAAUAUAAAUUAGUCGAUGAUAAAAUUGAACAACCUAAUGAUGUUAACGUACGGAUUGGAUAUGCCAAACAACAAGCUGCUCCUCUUUAUACGUCAGAUGGUAAUUAUGCAAAACCAAUUAUGAUACAACUUGGAGGCAAAACUUCAACUGGUUCUCAGAAAACUAAUGUCGCACCUGAAUUACCUGGAAAACGUACUUUACGAUCAGUUGCACCUCCAAAACCACAACCUCCUCCAUUAUCACUUACUGAUACUUUAAUUGCAUCAGGACAAAGUGAUAUUGCACAUCAAGUUAUGAUAAUGAGAAGAGUACAAAAUGCUAAUGAAAAUUUCAACUUACAUUCAAAUAAUUCACCACGUAAAUGGACAAAGUCAAAGAAUAAUACCAUAAAAUCAAUAUCAGGUCCACAAUUGGUGUCAACUUCCUCAAAUAUAAAAGCAGUACCUAUUGUAACUCUUGGGAAUGAAGAUGAGAGAAAAAAUGCAAAGUUUCGAAGAAAAUUUUCUUUAC